AUGAGUCUUAAACUGCUCUUUGUAUUCGUUUUUUGCGGCGUAUCGCAGUCCAAAUUGAUAAAUUUGUCGUGUAACCAAAUUCGUGCCUUUGUUGAUGGACAUAACUCUCGAAGACUACAGUUAGCAAAAGGAGAAGUGUCUGGGCAACCCGCUGCUUCGGAUAUGAAAUUUAUGGUUUGGGACAACGAACUAGCGACAAAAGCGGCGAAAUGGGCGUCCAGAGAACAGUUUUUACAUAAUCCAGAUAAAAAUAUAGGCUCAGGCAGAUUUGAAACAGGUGAAAACCUCUAUUCGUACGGCACAACUGAUAGUAAACACAAAAUUGAUAUAGAUGACAGCCUUAAAUCGUGGUUCGACGAACAUCAACACUAUACUUAUGGGCCACUAAGUAUAAGCGAUUUUGACGGCUCGUCGAAAUAUCAAAUUGGUCACUACACUCAGAUGGUAUGGGCUGAUACAACGUACAUUGGGUGUGCGAUAUCACAGUACUGGCAGGCAAACUUAAAAAAGUUUCUCAUAGUUUGCAAUUAUGGUCCUAGCGGAAACUACAUAGGCGAGACGCCGUAUAAAAUCGGCCGAAAUACGAGUAAUUUCCUCAAAUGUGGCACCGAAGACUGCAGUCGUCCUUACGGCGACAAAUGUUGA